UACAACUGCUCAGUACUCAGUGAAGACUUAAACAAGUCACGGAAAAAUGAGUCCUUACUUCUUUCUAAGUUUUCUAUUUGUUACCAUUACUGUAGUGUGUUCCAUAAAUUUGAGAGGAUUAUGUUCGUCUCAUGAUUUCGAAUGUGAACCAGGAAUAUGUUAUAAUAAGAAAUAUAGAUGUGAUGGAGGGUACGAUUGUAUUAAUCGCAGAGAUGAAGAAGGAUGUGGACCGUGUACCCCUAAUGAAUUCGAAUGUGAGGCAAACUGGUGCAUCGAGAAGAUACACAGAUGUGAUGGAAUUAACGAUUGUGAUAAUGGAAGAGAUGAAGAAGGAUGUGUUCCAGCUUGUCAGCCCUUUGAACUCAGAUGUCACAACAACGUGACGUGUGUCGAUGAAAGAAAGUUCUGCGAUGGAAAAGCGGAUUGUCCAGAUGGCUCAGAUGAAAUACACUGUAGAAAUCGGUUUAUAACAACAAUUGGAGGUAAACAAUAUUAUAUUGAAGACUUUCUUCAGGCAACUUGGGAACUAGCUUUUCUAUCAUGUCGUAAAUAUGGCUUGCACUUGGUGUCCAUGGAAAACCCACUAGCAAAGAAAAAUAUAAAGGAAUAUUUAUUAAAAAAUGACCUCAAAGAAAAAGCAUUUUGGACUUCUGCAACUGAUAGUCAUUUAAAUUCAUGGUACUGGUUGGACAUAGGAUAUUCCUUAAAGGACAAAAUUGAAAACAAUUCGACUGAUGAAGAAAACCAUUGUUUAGCAAUUAAAGGAGACAUUUUCUAUAAAACAAACUGCGAUGAAACUAACUAUUUCAUAUGUGAAUAUAGACUCGAUCAGCCAUUAAAUAAUUAACAGUUUUUGGUGUCUGCAUAAAUGAUUUGUGUAGAAAUAAACAAUAAAUAAUAAAAUUA